AAAACCAAAAAAAAAAAAAAUUCUCGCGGCGGCAUCAAUCUAUCGCCAGCCUUCGAAUCGGAACCCCCAAAUCUUCUCGUUCUUGCUGAAAAGCUCAAAUUGUAAACCCUAGACAACGGUGACCAAAUCCUCCUCCUCCGAGAGACUUCUUCUCUGUUGGUACAUAGGGCCAGGGAGUAGAAGGUGAAAGUAGUGCGAAGAGAAGAUGGCUGAAGAGAGACCAGUACACCCAGAUUGCAGAAAUGCGUCCAAUCCGUAUCACGAGUGCAGUGAAUAUUGCUUCCAAAUAAUUGCCCAGGCGAAAGGACUUUCCGAAGAAAAGGAAUUAGAACGGGAGCAAGUCAAUGCUUGUUCAAACCCCAGUGCAACCAAUACAGUGGAUGACCAGCAUUAUGAAAGAGAGGAUGCUGAAGAGCAUUCUGAUGGCGAUAAUGAGCCACCCAUUGAGGAUAAUCUUGGAGUAGACAUUACCAAACUCACAGGAAGGAAGAAGAAGCUGUUUGAGUUAAGGCUCAAGAUGAAUGAGGCGAGGAAGGCCAAUCAAACUGCAAUGGUGGCUGAGAAGAAAAAAAUGGAGGCCCCCGCAGAAUCAAGGGGCAUAUCGAAGCAGAAGUGGCUUGAGGAGAGGAAGAAGAAAGUUGGGAAAAUUCUUGAUGCUAAUGGUCUUGAUAUGUCAAAGGCAUAUAUGUUAGAUACGCAAGAUGCCGCAGAGUCUAAGUAUAAGAAAUGGGAAAAGGAUCCUGCCCCUUAUGGUUGGGAUGUUUUCAAUCCGAAGACACUGUAUAAUGCAUACAAGAAGCGUACCAAGAAUAUCGACGUGGACUUGGAUGAAUAUAAUAAACUAAAAGAAGCUGAUCCCGAGUUCUACCGAGAAGCAUCUAGCCUUCAGUAUGGGAAGGCGCCUAAGGUUUCCGAGGACAGGAUUGAGAAGAUGGUGAAGGAACUGAACAAUAGGGAGGAGAAGCGGAAGUCAUUCAGCAGGAGGAGGAAGUUCCACGAAGAGAAGGAUAUCGACUCUAUCAAUGACCGCAACGAGCACUUCAACAAGAAGAUUGAGAGAGCAUUUGGCAAAUACACAUUGGAGAUCAAGAACAACCUUGAAAGAGGAACUGCUUUGCCCGACUAAGGCAUUACCUUGUUCCUUCCAGAUGGAUGCUAUAUUAUCCUAAGACACAACAGCUUGGGCGUUUCACUACUUCUAGUUACUUCGAAAAACCUUCAUGCAUCAAGGAAAAAGUGUGACGUAAUCUUUUUUGUAGAUUUCUCUAUGUGCAAGUAGUUGAUAUUAAAUGUUUGUAAUACAAGCAGAGAUGUAUAUUUCUUUAGAGUAUGAUGUUGCCCAUCAAAAGGUUUAAUGAGGCUCAUAGGACUUCCUUCUUGUUCUUUUGUUUGGCAAACCUUUUGAGAACCAUUUUUCUGGCUGUGAUAAGAAACUGAAAAAUCACGGGUUGC